AUGCUCAGCUUCCAAAAGCAGACGGAAUUCGAGCGUUGGCUGCGCGCGUGCCCGCUCGGGACACGCGGACUCACCUACAGCGUAACGCGUUCGGCGGAUGACGGUGUGCUGUCUGUCGGGUGCACGUGGCGCACGCUCGCCUGUGUCGAGCCUGCGUCUCGAGCCUGCGUCGAGACUGCACUGCCCAGCGAGCCGCAUAUCGCGCCGCGGAGUGCUACGCCGCCGGCAGAUGGCGAGGCGGCGUGCGAGGAGGCGGCCGAGGCGGCCGAGGCUGAGCGGCUGCGCGAACAGCUUGCGCGGAUGCGGAGCUUUGUCGCGGGGCAGGGCGCGCCCGCAGGCGAGUACGCCAAGGGCCAGCAGGCCUUGGCCGCGAUGAUGCGAGCGCGAGAGGCGGGCGCGUCGACGAGAGAGCAGGUCCGCGCCUGCCUCGGCGCCGGGCUCGGGGCGGAGUAUCCCUCGCCACCCGGGUAUGAUCCGCGGCCGCCGACAGAGGGGGAGACGGGUUCUCAUGGAGAGGGCGAGGUGCACGAGGCCGCAGUCUCGUCGGAUGCGUGA